AUGACCGCCCCGCCCACUCGCGUUGGGACGGGCGUGCGGGGCGGAGCAGGACUGGGCUGCGCGACCCGGCGCUGGUCCGCGAUGUCUGCGAGCAAGCGAGUGGCAAAGGAGCUGGAAGACCUGGAGCAGGAGGCACCCCCGUACCUGCGGGACCUGUGCAGAGAAAAUGCCAACGUCCUGGUGUGGCACGCGCUCCUCCUGCCUGAGCAGCAUCCCUACAGCCUCAAGGCCUUCCGCCUGCGCCUCGACUUCCCCAGGGAGUACCCCUUCCGGCCCCCCAGGGUGACCUUCAUCACCCGGAUCUACCACCCCAACGUGGACGAGCAGGGCCAGGUCUGCCUGCCGCUCCUCAGCAGCGAGAACUGGAAACCUCACACCAAGGCCAGCCAAGUCUUGGAGGCCCUAAGCCUUCUGGUGAACACACCGAACCUGGAAGAGCCCCUGAGGGUGGACCUGGCCGACCUGCUGGACUGGAGCCCGGAGCUGUUCUGGAGGAAGGCUGAGGAGUUCACACGGCAGUUCGGCGAGGACCGGCCCUCCUAAUCGUGCCAUCCUGCGCCUGCUGGGCCACAGCCUCGUGGACUGUGGCCAGGCCCUGGAGGUCCACUGGGGCUCCUCCCUCCCAGCAGUAUGGAGGCCAGGUGCAGGUGGGGGACAGGGCCCGGCCCGUGUGUGUGGCAUGUGGACUCGGCCUGGGGUCCCCCGGCCGUGCAGGGCCUCCCCUGCCCGGGUCUCUGCUGAGCCUACAGAGUUCAGACACAGGCACCAGGCCAGUGGGGUGUUGGGUGUGGGUGGGAACGGAGGCAUGGCAGAGGCGUGUUUUCACGUCAGGGACUGAAGUCUCCUGAAGUCUCCUGAAGCCCUCAGGUGUGCGCAGAUUUCAGUACCAAACCUUUUACUUUUCACUGAUAAAUCACAAAAUAAAGAAUCUAACCCCCAUCCCAGAA